UUUGUAUCAAGUUGGCAGCACGUCUAUUUACGUAAACAAGAAGCAAACAAAACGCUUAUAAAACAAUUUUAAGGUUUUGCCAAAAACGCCCUUAAAACCAGCUGCAAAUGUCCAAGCACACAUUAAUAGGUGGCGGCACUGGAUUCAUCGGCAGUCAUCUCUCGAAGCAUUUGGCGAAAAAUGGCUAUGAAGUAACUGUAAUUUCGCGGAUGCCCGGUCCGAAGCGCAUCACCUGGCACGAGCUGGAAAAACAGGGCAUACCCAGCAGCGUCAACUCUGUGGUAAAUGCCACAGGUCAGAAUGUGCUGGACCCAUCCAGACGCUGGACGCCGGGCUUUCAGCAAAAUGUCUGGAAUUCGCGUGUCAACUCGUCGAAGACGCUGAGUCAGGCGAUUCAAGCAGCGCCGCAGGUGAAAUCUUUCGUGAACUUAUGUGGCGUUAGCCUCUAUCCGCCAUCGGAGACCAAGACGUACACUGAGGACGAUCAGGGCGUGAAUUACGACUACAUGUCGAGCCUGUGCCUGGCCUGGGAGGAAGCAGCGCGCUCCGGUGACUCGAAGGAUAAGUGUAGCAUCGUGCGCACUGGCGCUGUCGUCGGACGCAAUGGCGGCAUGAUUAAAUCCAUUUGGCUGCCCUUCAAACUGGGUCUCGGUGGUCCCAUGGGCGCCGGCAAUCAGAUAAUGCCCUGGAUACAUAUGCACGAUCUGUGCGGCCUCAUCCAGCAUCUGAUUGAGAAGUGUGAGUCGGGCGUCUUCAACGGCGUCGCACCGGAGAUUGUUAGCAACAAGGGCUUCUCACAGGCAUUUGCCAGCGCUCUGAAUCGUCCAUGCCUGUUCGCUGUGCCCGAGUUCGUGGUGCAGGCCAUCUUUGGCAAGGAGCGUUCAGCGCUGCUCUUGAGUGGCGCCAAGAUUCAGCCCAAGCGUACGCUCGCCUCUGGCUAUCAAUUCAAGUAUCCGGAUGUGAAGUCCGCCGUAGCCGAAGUCGUUGGCAAAUAGAGAGCUGAAGCAGUUGGGAAUUUGUUAUGAAUGCUUGAAAUUGGCGUUGUUAAACUAUUUAUUAUUUAAAACGAUCUUCAUUUGUAUUAUAUCAAUUAAACUAGAGCACAUACGAGGUA